GUCAGACUCGCAGGGGCACGCAGCGCGCGCGGCACAUGCGCGAGCAGAAACUCUCCACCCUUGCGCUGUUGCCGUUGGCGACACGCUCCGUCUGACGCCAUCAUGAUAUGUUUCGUUCUGACCGUAUUUGCUAACAUUUUCCAGACCGCCUGGACCGGCGUCUAUGAGCGAACCUUCAUCGCUGUGAAACCCGAUGGCGUACACAGACGCUUGGUGGGUGAGAUCAUUCGGCGGUUUGAGCAAAAGGGCUUCCACUUGGUUGGGAUGAAGUUAGUGCAGCCCUCAGAGCCCCUUCUGAAGGAGCAUUACUGGGACCUGAGGCAGAAACCCUUCUUCAGUGGACUAAUAGAGUACAUGCGCUCUGGACCUGUGGUUGCCAUGGUGUGGCAGGGCCUGGACGUAGUGAAGACGACCCGCAGGAUGCUGGGAGAGACUGACCCUGCUGACUCCCUCCCAGGAACCAUCAGAGGGGACUUCUGCGUGGAGGUGGGCAGGAACGUGAUCCAUGGCAGCGACUCUGUGAAGAUGGCACAGAGGGAGAUAUCACUCUGGUUCAACCCAGACGAGCUGAUCUGCUGGGAAAACAGCAGCCAGCCCUGGAGAUACCAGUGAAGAGCAUAGCAGCUAGCUGCUGGUAAACACGCUGCUGGCUCCUGUGUCUAUCGUUACAUACUGGCAGGACCCGUUUUGAUAUCUACGGCUUUCUGACUGUUCACCGCUCUUCUGCUGCGUGGUCGCAGUGCCUGUUACCAAGCAUAUCCUUGCUAUUGUAAUCAAUGGUCAUCUGUGGUAAGUUUGUAUUCAGGCAGAUACUCUAAAUGGAUGCUCAGGGUCACAGAAUCCCUUAUUUUCCACUCCAUAUUCAUAUGGCAUUGGUUUCAUUUUUUGUUAAAUCUAGUGUCAGCUGUUAAGAAUGAAAUGGACAUAAAGUAUGAUUUAUCGUAUGUAGUGUGAGGGCCUUUAAACACAAUGCCAUCAAAUAUAUACAUUUUGUUUUGCCACUGCAUGGAAAAUCUGAUUCUCAUGACCAAGAAGCUCAUCAUGAAUAAAACACUUUGACCAAA